UUACUUUUGAAAGCACUUCUAAAGAGUGAUCGACGGACAAAGAUUGAGGGAGGGAUAAGAAUAGAGUGUGGAAGCCAGAUUGGAGCAGAGAGAAAAACUGAAGAUGGCUACUUGAGGACGAUUAAUGGAGCUUUACCCAGGAAUCAUGCACCUCUGCCAUCAUGAGCUACAGAGGAUGUGAUGCCAUACCAUCCAGAUAAAGAUGCUCUGAAGACCCAGGGAAUGCAUGGACGUAUGGAGAAACUGAAAGAGGCAGAAAGACAUAAAGAAAGUGAUGAUGUGGAUGGAUUUGGGAGACAAUUUGCAGAUGCACUGGUUAGCCACCAGAAGGCAGCAGACAAACAUAAAUUCCACAGUGUGGGUCAUCAGAAAAAGAAGCUGAAGGUGCGUCCAGUAGCAACAUUAGGGAAAGGCUUUCCAAAAUCUAGAGGGCCUCAUAUUCAGGAUCUGUUCAGUGACCGCCCUGAUAAAACUCCCAUGCAGGAGGAGCGAGGCAUUGCAGGUGGAGGCCAGUCACCGAUGGAGGUGUUGAAACAGACUUUGCAGUCGUUCCCCGUUCCUGAUAAACUCAAUUGGGGGUCCAAAGAAGGAGACAAAGAUGAAGUCUUGGAGAAAAGUUGGACUGACCUAGUGCACUCUCACAAGACAAUGCCAAAGACCCAGAGACACCAGCAGGAGGCGCUGUGGGAACUCCUUUAUACCGAAUUCAUCUACAUCAGCAAACUUACCAUUAUCACUGAUCUUGUUCUUGCUGCACUGGAGCAUGUUCAUCGGCACGGAUUUCUUAAUGAGGUUUCGUCUGCCCAGCUCUUUUCUAACAUACACUCCAUCCUCGAUGCCCACAGACGCUUCUGGCUUGAAGUGAUGUACCCUAUGUUGCAGAAUGUCAGAUUGACUGGCCAACCUUUUGACCCUUUAAAGCUUGAGCCAGGAUGUUUGCAAUUUGCAGAUCGUUUCUCUGCAUAUUUGGAUUAUUGUUGGGAGGAGGAGAGAAAUCUGGAGUUCACACGCAGACAGCAGGAAAUAAACCCACACUUUAACAUUUUUCUUAUGUGGGUGGAGACUCAUCCCCAAUGUGGGCGAAUGCGGCUGGGUGACAUGCAGGCAAAGCCCCACCAAAGGAUCACGAAGUACCCCCUACUUUUAAAGGCCAUCCUGAAGACUACACAGGACUCAUAUACACAGCAAACACUCAACAGCAUGAUAAACAGUGUCAGUCAGUUUCUGGACAGCAUCAAUGACUACUUGCUUUUUAAGGAUGAUGAGCUGGCACUUUUUGCUAUGUCCCAAAAGAUAGAGGGAUAUGAAUUACAUGGGAUGAGUGAAGAAAUAGAAAAGCACAUGCAGGAGUUCUGCCGCUUCGAUUUAACUACCCCUAUACGGGGUACAGAACCCAAGGUCAUACGCAAGCUUAUAAUGGGAGAGACCCUGAAGGUCAGAGGAAGGAAGGACAGUAAGCUGGAGGUGGUGGUGCUGCUGUUUACUGAUGUGCUACUGCUGACCAAAACCCAGAAGAAAUCAGACAAGCAGAAGGUUGUGCGCCCCCCACUGUCCCUGGACAGAAUCCACUGUGCAGAACUUAAGGAUGGCUACUCUUUUGUCUUGAUGGAGGUGAGUGAUCUUGGCUGCCCUGUCAGUGUGUACAGCGUUUCGACUCACAGCCCAGAAAGCUGUGCAGUAUGGAUCACUACAAUCCACCAAGCCCAGGAAGCCUUGCAGUCUUUACGAAAAAUAGAGACAGGAGAACCUGAGGAGCUUCGUGAUCAGAUUCUAGAGGAGUCAGAAUACAGAAUACUUCCAGUCAAUUUACCGAACAUCACUGACACAGAAGAACAGUUAAAGUACAAAAGUCAUUUUUCUACUCUUAGGUUUACAACUGUACAGUUAGACAGAGAAGAGGAAAAUUUGCAUAAACAGCAUGUUCAUUCCCAAUUUUUGAGCAAAAAAAUGCAAAACGGAGACCAAAAAUUUAAUGACAAACACAACACGACAAAAGAAACUGAACGGAGAGACAGAGGUAAAAACGGACAUUGUGAAAGUAAAAGGGACAUUGUGAAUAAUCUGACAAUUGAAAGACGGGUAACAUGGAAUCACAAAGUGCAAUCACAAAAAAAGUCCAAUGCCUUCCCACAACAAGACUCAUUCGUCAAUGAGACCAACAAAUCCACUGGUCCACAUAAUCUGUUAGUUGGUGAAUUAAGGGAAAACAAGUUGCCAACCAGUGGACAGUUUUUAUUACCAAGUAAAUUUACACCAGCCGAGUCUGCAAUCAUUGUUGGACAGCAGCAGUCCCAGAAACCAGAUCUGCGGCAGGAUUCUUGGUCUCACCAGUCAGGUGAUGAAAACGAACCUCUUUCAGAUUCAUGGACAUUCACGAGAAUAUUAAAUUCUCCAAGGUUACGAAGGAAACGUCCCAUGAAUUCUCAGCCGUCUGCUCCACUCCAGGGCCCAAGGAGAAUGUCAGCUGAUGGAGGCUCCUCCAACUCAGUCUCAGAUUCUGAAGAGAACCAUAAUGUUCGCAGACCCUCCAAUACAUCUGUCAAAACCGAGGACCACCUGGUGCUUAAGAUGGCUUCUGUAAAGCAGAACCGAGGUGCGUUCUGGAAUGUUCCUUAUGAGAGGUCAUCAGAUUCUGAGUCUGAACUGCCAAAAGGGACACAUAAUAAGAACUUCCAUCAGAAAAUACCCAAAAUUAAACCCCAGAGGAGUGAAUCCUUCCCUGAGAUAAAGUCCUCCCCUCUGCAGGGCCUACUAAAUAGGGCCAUGGAGCGGGAGAGGGAGCGUGGAAUAGCAAAAAUAGAGGGGAAACAUUUAGAAAAGACUUCUCUUCAAAGUUCCAACACUGACUGCACCACACUGUCAUCAUCACCAAGAACAGGAGAGAGCAAGCCAGAGUUGGUGAUAUUUGGAUCAAGAUGGUUUGGCCCUCAUAAAAGGACGGAAACCAGCGUGGACAGCAGUGACAAUGACAGGAAAAACAGACCUGUCACGCCACUGGGUGUAACUGUGGACUGGCCAGGCUGGUGCUUCGAUGAUGAGGAUGUGCUGGAGUUCACAGAUCUUGAUGAUGAAACAGACUGGUUUAAACAGCCCCUAUCUAAGGCAGAGCUCCGGAAAACACCAAGACAUAGUGAUGCAGAUUACAGUGAGGUGUAAAGCCACAGACAUUUUGUUCUUUUGUUCCUUGUAAUGACAGAAACUGCUGAAAUCUGCAGCACGUGUAGUAAGAUAUAGCUACCUCGGGGGCAGAAUGUUGUAAAUAACCCAGAAUUUGUAUUUAUUGUAUUAUAUCUAGUAAAAAGCAUUUUUCUCAGGUUUCACAGAUGUUCAUUCUUUAUUAUAAGUAACAAAAAAAAAAUCAGUGCACUGUCAUUAUUAGUCGAGGUGCAGUGAAGGCAAAAAUAAUUGAUGUGGUGCAGUUUUAAAUGCAGACAAAUUAAUUUCCAGGCAAUAAUCUCACCUCAAAUUUUUAUACUUUUCAAUGGACAGAUUAAUUACACGGCUUCUUUUUUUAGGCUGCGCUGUAGACUUCUUCCAACCAUACAAAAUGCAUACUAAAAUAAUUUAGUCAAACAAGGUUCACUUUCUUUUUAAUUGCCAUAUCUAACUUUUUUUAAUUUCACUUUUACUAUCAUUCACACAUUUCCCAAUAGACACAUGGCCAAAAGAUAUUUUUUUUUUAUUAAUUUCAGUAUGUGGCAACUACUAGUUAACUACAAUGUUAUGUUUUUAUAUAGUUAACAAGGCUCUCAGACAUGAGAUGAAUGCUUUCCUGAGAAUGAUGCAUGCAAUAUGCUGUAAUACAGUAUAAUGUAAUUUAGCAGCAAAAGGUGUAUAGUUGCACACAGUCUUACCCGAGUGACUCUGCACGCAAGCUGGAUUCUUCAGAAUAUGAUGUAACUACUGCUGCCAAAAAUUUGAUGGAAAAAGGAAAUAGCCAGUUUCUUAUUUUGACUGUGAUGUGAAUAUUUUCUUAUAAAAGGCCCACCUUUUGCUUUUAACUGUCUCCAACUUCUUGUGCCCCACCUACUCAUUUUCCUCCACCCAGUUUUGUUCUAACUCUGUUAGAGAGCUUGGCCAGUUUUUACUCAUUUUUCUAGACAUAUGUGUUAUAACUAUAAGAAUUUGUGCACUGCUUUUUUUAAAUCAGGUCUGAAGAUUGAGAAAGUCAUCACAAGCUGUUUUUCUAUUAGAUUUGUCUCAUGUUAAGGAAUAGGUUCUUGUAGCAGGAUGCACUACUUCAUUUUUAAGCUGUUUGUAGAUUAAUCCAGUUACUGUAUGUAAUAUGAAAAUUUUUGCACUCAGUUAUAAGGCCUAUGUUAUAUGAUGUAACUAUAUUUAUGUGAAUAUGUAAAAAUGUAUACAGUCAUGAGUCUGGAGUCAUGUAGUGUGAAUAAAGUAGACCAAAUCAUCA